AGCGCCGAGGUGGGCAAGUUCAACAUCUCCCCGGACGAGGACAGCAGCAGCUACAGCUCCAACAGCAACGACUUCAGCUACCCCUACCCCACCAAGCCCGCUGCCAUGAAGAGCCACUAUGCGGAUAUUGAUCCAGAAAAUCAAAAUUUCCUGCUCGACUCCAAUCUUGGAAAGAAGAAAUAUGAAACUCAGUAUCAUCCGGGUACUACUUCCUUUGGAAUGUCAGUAUUUAAUUUGAGCAAUGCUAUUGUGGGUAGUGGCAUCCUUGGUCUUUCUUAUGCCAUGGCUAACACUGGAAUUGCUCUUUUUGUGAUACUUCUGCUGUUUGUCUCAAUAUUUUCUUUAUAUUCAGUGCAUCUCCUUUUGAAGACUGCCAAUGAAGGAGGAUCUUUAUUGUAUGAACAGUUGGGAAUGAAGGCAUUUGGUAUGGCUGGAAAACUUGCUGCUUCUGGAUCAAUUACAAUGCAGAACAUUGGAGCUAUGUCAAGCUACCUCUUCAUAGUGAAAUAUGAGUUACCAUUGGUCAUCAAGACAUUUAUGAACAUCGAAGAGACCACAGGAGAAUGGUAUCUUAAUGGUGACUAUUUAGUGCUGCUGGUGUCUGUCAUCCUCAUUCUUCCUCUGUCCUUACUGAAAAAUUUAGGAUAUUUGGGCUAUACCAGUGGCUUUUCCUUACUUUGCAUGGUCUUCUUUCUGAUUGUUGUAAUUUGGAAGAUGUUUCAGAUUCCUUGUCCUAUGGACACUGAUAUCAUGAACAUGACAUUAGUAAAUGUGACACUGGCACCUUUGAUGGAUCAAAACAUAACAAGUGAUGAUAUGUGCAAGCCAAAAUAUUUCAUCUUCAAUUCACAGACGGUCUAUGCUGUCCCAAUCCUAACAUUUUCUUUUGUGUGCCAUCCUGCAAUUCUUCCCAUCUAUGAAGAACUGAAAAGCCGAAGCCGUAAAAGGAUGAUGAAUGUGUCCUAUGUAUCUUUUUUUGCCAUGUUCCUCAUGUAUUUAUUGGCUGCUCUCUUUGGAUACCUGACAUUUUAUGGAAAAGUUGAACCAGAACUGCUUCAUACCUACUCUGCUUAUCUGGGUGCUGAUGUUCUUCUUCUGAUUGUGCGUCUCGCUGUACUUAUGGCUGUAACCCUUACUGUACCUGUAGUUAUUUUCCCAAUUCGCAGUUCCAUUACCCAGCUGUUGUGGGCAGGGAAGGAGUUUAGAUGGUGGCGUCACUGUUCCAUUACAGUUGCUCUUCUGGCGUUUACCAACAUGCUUGUUAUCUUUGUCCCUACAAUCCGAGACAUCUUUGGAUUCAUUGGUGCAUCUGCGGCUGCCAUGCUGAUCUUUAUACUCCCUUCUGCCUUCUAUAUCAAAUUAGUGAAGAAGGAACCGAUGAAGUCAGUGCAAAAGAUUGGGGCUGCAUUCUUCUUUCUAAGUGGUAUACUUGUGAUGACUGGGUGUAUGACACUGAUUAUUCUAGACUGGACCCAGAAUGUUGCAUCUGACGGCCAUUAACUGUCCUGGUUUAAUCUCUUAAUACUCCACUUCAAAUGCCAGUGUUCACUCAGAUACCUACUGAGAACGAAAAUGAGCUAUUCAGCUUCCUUUAAAAUGCAGAUUCUUUGUUGAUGGUUCUUCUGAUUGUAGAAUACCUGAACUCUUGUCUUUAAGAAACUAUUCUGCAUGAUGGAAGUGGAUACUAACAUCAAACCAACGUGAGUGUCUGGCUGAAGGAAGUGACAAGUUUAUUCCAUUCCAGAGAAUGGACAGAACCCUCUGUAGACUUUUAUCAAGCCAUGUUUGGCUUUCGUCAUUGUUACUUGGAUAUUUUGUUAUUUUACUUGAAUGUGCCUAAUGGAACCA